AUGCUCCUUCUGGCGGCUUUUAGCUUUUCCUUGGAAAUCAUGCGAAACCAAAGCUUUGUAACUGAGUUUGUCCUCCUGGGGCUUUCGCAGAAUCCCAGUGUUCAGAAAAUAGUAUUUGUUGUAUUCUUGUUCAGCUACAUUGCAACUGUCGGGGGCAACUUGCUAAUUGUGGUGACCGUCAGCAGCAGCCCAGCACUCCUGGGCUCCCCCAUGUACUUCUUCUUGGCUUUCCUGUCCUUCCUCGAUGCUUGCUUCUCCACUGUCAUUGCCCCAAAGAUGAUUGUGGACUCCCUCUAUGAGAGGAAAACCAUCUCCUUUGGAGGUUGCAUGGCCCAGCUCUUUGCUGAACACUUCUUUGCUGGGGUGGAAGUGAUUGUCCUCACAGCCAUGGCCUACGACCGCUAUGUGGCCAUCUGCAAGCCCCUACGCUACACAUCCAUUAUGAACUGGAGGCUCUGUACCAUUCUGAUGGGUGUAGCCUGGACAGGGGGUUUUCUGCAUUCCAUGAUACAAAUUCUCUUUACUUUCCAGCUUCCCUUCUGUGGCCCCAAUGUCAUUGAUCACUUCAUGUGUGAUUUGUACCCAUUAUUGGAGCUUGCCUGCACUGACACUCACAUCUUUGGCCUUUUGGUGGUCGCCAAUAGUGGGUCUAUCUGCAUUAUAAUCUUCUCUCUGUUACUCGUCUCCUAUGUUGUCAUCUUGCUCUCUCUGAGAACCCAUAGUCCUGAAGGGCAGCGGAAAGCCCUCUCCACGUGCGGAUCUCACGUUGCUAUUGUGGUCUUGUUCUUUGUCCCUUGCAUAUUUGUGUAUGCACGACCUCCAUCUUCUUUCUCUUUUGACAAAAUGGUGGCUAUAUUUUACACCAUCCUAACUCCCUUGCUCAAUCCUUUGAUUUACACUUUCAGGAACAAGGAAAUGAAAAAUGCCAUAAAGAAAAUGUGGAACAGAAUAAUGGUGGUUUGUAGUGACAAAUAA